UGGGAGCUGGAGGGAAGCAGAGAUGUCUCCUCCCAGCCCUGCACUGUGCCACGGGACCCGUUCCCUGCCCAAGAUCCAUCAGAGCCCCUUAGCACCUCCUUGCACCCCCUUCUCCCCCUGGCUCUUAUUCCACCAGGCAUCACUGUGGUUUCUCCUGGAAAACAGACUGGAACAGCAAAGUUUUGACUGAACUUUAUGGAUUCUGGCAUUUUGCCUUUUCUGAGGUGUGGAUAUUUCUCAUAACUGAUUUAUAUGCUCUUCUGGUGCCUUCUUCUUCUAUUUCUAAUGGGUGAAGGUAAAGAAAAGGUUAAACUCCAGGGACAAAUGUGUGUGCCCAGCACAUGGCAUCCACCCCCUGAAUACAACCCCUGCUUCCUCCCCCUCCCCAGAUUACUGGGAAUGAUUUUUCCCCCAAAUACUCAUGCCAGAAAUGUGGGACUGUAGAUGUGUCUCUAUCCCUGGCAGCUUUUCUUCCUGCAUCAGUUCAUUUGUAGCGAGGCCUGUGGCCCUCCAGAGCCAAAGGUGAAACAGAACUAAAUCCACCAAAUUCUCCGUGUGGAAAAGAGUUUGUGCCCAAGUGGCCCAGCUGAAGACUCUGGGGUGCCUUGGUGGUCAGUUCCCGGCGUGGUCCUCGGCUGGACUCGGUCCUGGCACAUUCCCAAUGCCAGGAGGUUGCAGGCAGUGACCGGGGAGCGCGGGGCCGGAUCCGCCAGCGCCCGGCGGCAGAGGUGAAUUAUCCAACAUCUGCUGGAAUACCGGAGCUGAAGAUGAGCCAGGCCAGGCCUCGCUAUGCCAUCGAACGCCCUGCCUACUCUGUCAGCCUCUUCGACGAGGAGUUUGAGAAGAAAACCAGAGCUUACCCCGUCGGGGAGAAGCUGAGAAACCUUUUCAGAUGUUCAGCUUCCAGGGUCAAGCUCACCCUCUUCCGCCUGUUCCCCAUACUGGCGUGGCUUCCCAAGUACAAAAUCAAGGACUACAUCCUGCCUGAUGUCCUCGGGGGGCUCAGUGCAGGGACAAUCCAAGUGCCACAAGGGAUGGCCUUCGCCCUGCUGGCCAAUCUGCCUCCCGUCAACGGGCUCUACUCCUCCUUCUUCCCCCUGGUCACCUACUUCUUCCUGGGGGGCAUCCAUCAGAUGGUGCCAGGGACUUUCGCUGUCAUCAGCAUUAUUGUUGGCAACAUCUGCAACGAGCUGGCCCCAGAGUCGGACUUCCAGUACUUCAACCACACCACCAACGAGACCAGAGUGAACACCACGGCCCUGGAGGCGGCCAGGCUGGAGAUCUCUGCCACCCUGGCCUGCCUGACAGCCAUCAUACAGCUGUGCCUGGGCUUCCUGCAGUUUGGCUUCGUGGCCAUCUACCUGUCCGAGUCCUUCAUCAGGGGCUUCAUGACGGCGGCGGGGCUGCAGAUCCUCAUCUCCGUGCUCAAGUACGUCUUCGGCGUGACAGUCCCGUCUUACACCGGGCCCUUAGCUAUCGUCUACACGUUCAUUGACAUUUGUAAAGGUCUGCCCCAAACCAACCUGGCCUCCCUGGUCUACGCCUUGGUCAGCGCUGUGCUCCUGAUCGUUGUCAAGGAGCUCAACCUGAAGUACAUGAAGAAGAUCCGGCUGCCCAUCCCGAUGGAGAUCAUCAUCGUGAUCGUGGCCACCGCAAUCUCCGGCAGCUUCAACAUGCCCGACAAGUACGGGAUGCCAAUAGUGGGGAAAAUCAGCAUGGGGUUCCCAGAGCCCACCCUGCCCCUGGUGAGCAAGUGGAAGGACAUGGUGGGCACGGCCUUCUCGCUCGCCAUCGUGGGCUACGUGAUCAACCUGGCCAUGGGGAGGACCCUGGCAGCCAAGCAUGGCUACAACGUGGACCCCAACCAGGAAAUGCUUGCCCUGGGCUGCAGCAACUUCUUUGGAUCCUUCUUCAAAAUCCACGUGAUCUGCUGUGCUCUCUCUGUCACCCUCGCCGUGGAUGGGGCAGGAGCGAAAUCCCAAGUGGCAAGUUUCUUUGUGGCUCUGGUGGUCAUGGUGACAAUGCUGUCCCUGGGAAUCUACCUCGAGCCUCUUCCAAAGUCCGUGCUGGGAGCCCUCAUCGCUGUGAACCUGAAAAACUCCCUCAAGCAGCUGGCUGACCCCUUCUACCUGUGGAAGAAGAGCAAGCUGGACUGCCUGGUCUGGCUCGUGAGCUUCCUCUCCGCUUUCUUCCUGAGCCUCCCCUACGGCGUGGCGGUGGGCGUGGGAUUCUCCGUGCUCGUGGUGGUUUUCCACACCCAGUUCCGCAACGGCUCUGCCCUGGGCCAGGUGGCUUCCACUGACAUCUACAAGAACCCCAAAACCUACAACAAGGUCCAUGAAGUUAAUGGGAUUAAAAUCAUCACCUACUGCUCGCCGCUGUAUUUCGCCAACUCGGAGAUAUUCCGGGAGAAAAUCAUAGCCAAGACAGGGGUGGAUCCUGGCAAGGUGUACUUGGCCAGGAGGAAAUUUGUGAAACAGCAGGGGAAGGGCACAGCACAAGCGCCAGCAAAGCUCCCAAAAUUCCUGCUGAAGGAGAACAAGACCUUGUCUUUGCAAGAGCUCCAGAAGGACUUUGAGAGCGCCUCUCCAACAGACACCAACAACAACCAGACCACCGCCAACGGUGCCAGCAUCUCCUACAUCACCUUCCACCCUCCGGCCCCCGGGGCUGGGCCAGGGCAGAGCCCUGGGGAGCUGGGCAGCACCAGCACCCUGCAGGGCAGCACCCUCAGCGUCCUGCCCACGGCAAACCCCGACCCCGUGCUGACAGCACCGCCCUACAUCAGCUUCCACACCAUCAUCCUGGACAUGAGCGGGGUGUGCUUUGUGGACCUGAUGGGCACAAAGGCGCUGAGCAAGUUGUGUUCCAGUUACCAGAAGAUUGGGAUCAAAGUGUUCUUGGCAAAUGUGCAUGCCCAGGUGUACAAUGACAUCAGCACAGGGGGAGUCUUUGAGGAAGGAGGCCUGGACCGAAGUCACAUCUUCCUGACCAUCCAUGAUGCUGUUUUGUUUGCACUGGCCAGUAUCAGAGAAUUUGUCCACCCACCCAUCUUGGAAGAGAGGCCGACCCAGACAGAGCUCUCCAUCUAUGACGAGUCUGUGGACGAGGGCAGUGCAGAGUACAAGAACCUGGAGGAGGAGAUGUUUGGGAGCAUGUUCCACUCAGAGACCCAGACAGCUCUGUGAGCUCAGCGAGCACCGGGCAGACCCUCCAGAGGAGACUCCUCUCUCCCACCCCUCCGUGGAGAGCUCUGCUUCUACCUGGGGACACAACAGGUCUGCAACGAGGCCAUCACCCCCAGAACUGCCAGAUCCUCCCUCCUCCCUGCUCUGCUCGUGGCACUCAGAGCAAAGGACUCUGAGCAGGCAGGGCCAGCUGGGGCAGCAGGAGCUCAGGAGAUGCCAUCUCACGGAUUCUCAGCUGCAGGCAGGCACCUGAACUCGGGGGACGUUCAGCCACCCCUUUGUCCCUCACCUGGAGUUGCAUCACCUGGCCAUCCUGCUCCUGGCCUUUCCCUGCUCCCCGUUUCCCCCAGCAAGUGAAACACAAGCACACACUGACAGCCUUCCGGGGCUCGCUUCACGAGGUGUGGCAGGGCAGCUCUGCCAGCUGCUGCUGCUCUCUGAUGUGCACUGACCCGGGGGUGGCACUGCGGCCCCCCGAAGCUCCCUGCGUGUCUCUGCAGCCUCUGCCUCUCCUCUUCUGCGUCCCAGCAUCCCAAAAAAACACUGCCUCGCACCAGUGCUGUAUUUCUGACACCCCAAAGACCUCAGGACUCCCUCAGCAGGGCUCAAUUCUGAAAUACAUCUAUUUUUUUCUUACUAAUAGGACAGGCUUGUACUCAGAAAUAAGAAUUGUGUGCACGUUGUGGGUUGAGUACAUGAAAACAGAUUCUAUUUGAAACUGCUAUUUCUAUUUUAACACUCUGACAUACUACAAAUGUAAGCAAGCUUUAGUGUAUGGUUUUGAAGCACACGGGGGUUAUUCAGCUGAUUGCUGAAGGCUUCCUGGGGCUUUCCUGCAGCUCCCAGAUGUCUCAUUUUUAAGGAAAACAGAACUUCCUGAACCAUCCUUGCUGGACGGUCACUGAAGGAAACAACAGCAGCAGCCUGCCAGUUUGGUUUUAUGUAACAUCUCAAUAACCAAGUCACCAUUUCUCUACCUCAGUUUCUGAUUAUGUGGUGCAGGAGAGUAAUAAAACCAAAGGAGGCAGAAAACCCCACUAGCUGAUGGCUGUUACUUAUUUUAAUCUUAGACAACAGUGGUUUCUCCAGAAAGCUCCACGUAUAGCUUGUUUUACAAGGUAAAAGCAAGAGAUGAAGCCUCUUAAACUAUCUUUGAGGGUGAUUCCUCAUGGCCUUUUGUACUGCCUGAGUGCUCCUUUUAAAAUGUGCCAAUUUGGAAAGAAAGGCAACAAUGAAAUUGGGGCAGAGCUA